AGACACUGCCACCUGGACCUGCGUCUAAUAAUGCUGAUCAUUCUUGAGCCAGUUCAUCUACCAAUUGUAAGGCAUAGGUUGUUUGUUAUGCUUGGAGAUGAGGGAGAGUCAGAAUGUCACAUCACGGGGACACUCCUUUGUCAUUUACAGUCUUAUGUACGUAAGAUGGGCAUACUUCGAAACCAAUCUUGGAAUGAAUAUCUCCAGCAAAGCAAUACUUGGCAAUCACGUUCUGUCAGCCUACUACUCCGAGCGUUCCCCAUACGGAUAGGGUCUUUGCGCGCGACUUUGCCUUGGUACUUGCCACAUCUUGUAGUCCUGGGCGGCACAGAAGAUAUACAGCUGCUUCAACCAUGGUAAGUUUCCGAUGUUCUCCGAAUCUCUUGGCAUACUUCUCUACUACUUAAAGUAGCGAGGGCCUCCUGGCAACUGGAUGACAAAACAAACGGCACACUCAGGU